AAAUAAUGGCUUCUCCUUAAAAUUAUCUAAGCUCGCUUGACCAUUCAUGGCUACCACCACCAAUCUCAGCUUCGCUCCUCCCUCUUACUCCCGUUUUGCCGCUACAAGAUCCCAAAUCAGAAACCCUCUGUUUACGUCCCCCCUGACACUCCCAUCUUCUUUCUUCCUGGUUAGAAAUGAAGCAUCUUUAUCUUCGUCAAUCACGCCAGUCCAAGCUUUUACAGAAGAAGCCGUCGAUACUUCGGAUUUAGCUUCUUCUUCUUCAAAGCUUGUACUUGUCGUUGGCGGCACUGGUGGUGUAGGUCAACUUUUGGUAGCUUCAUUGCUCAAGAGGAAUAUAAGAUCAAGGUUAUUACUGCGUGAUCUUGACAAAGCUACCAAGUUAUUUGGCAAACAAGAUGAAUAUUCCUUGCAGGUAGUUAAAGGGGAUACUAGGAAUGCAGAGGAUCUUGAUCCAUCCAUGUUUGAGGGUGUCACACAUGUGAUUUGUACCACUGGAACUACAGCUUUUCCUUCUAAGAGGUGGAAUGAAGAAAACACUCCUGAGAAAGUAGAUUGGGAAGGUGUGAAGAAUCUCAUUUCAGCAUUGCCAUCAUCGGUGAAGAGAGUUGUUUUGGUUUCAUCAGUAGGUGUGACCAAGUCUAAUGAGCUACCCUGGAGCAUCAUGAACCUUUUUGGAGUUCUUAAAUACAAGAAGAUGGGGGAAGAUUUUCUUCGUGACUCUGGUCUUCCAUUCACCAUUAUCAGACCUGGUAGAUUGACUGAUGGACCAUACACAUCUUAUGAUCUGAAUACUUUGCUCAAAGCUACAGCUGGUGAAAGGCGUGCAGUUGUUAUUGGUCAAGGGGACAAACUUGUUGGAGAGGUAAGUAGACUUGUAGUGGCUGAAGCUUGCAUACAGGCACUUGAUAUAGAAUUCACACAAGGCAAAGCUUACGAGAUCAAUUCAGUUAAGGGGGAUGGUCCAGGAAGUGAUCCACAGCAAUGGCGAGAGUUGUUUAAAGCUGCAGAAUCCAAAUGACAAAAGAGGACAUUUGAGAGAUGUGUACAGAAUUGUUAGCGAGACAUUACAUAUAUGGUCGAAUUGUGUAUACAUAUGUUUUCUUUUGGUCUUUGUCUCUUUGACUUCAUCAUUACUGUAAUUACUUUAUCUAUAAGACUAUAACUAGAAGCUCUUUCUUGCAAAUCUA